CCACUAACAUCUAGAGCUUGGGAGACACAAAACUGUCUCUUCAUACCUUUAAAUUUCGCUUUGGGGCUUGUCAUACCAACGUACCGUUAUUAAAUGUUAUAUCUAGGGUGACCUGCUUAAUUAGUCAUCAUUAUUGAGUUAGCAUAACCUAAAAAAAACUCGGCAACGAGCCGAGCGGACGGUUGUGGAUUUAAGUACCACUCACGUUCAAACUGACGACUAAUUGCUGUGGCGUUCAGUAGUCCAGUCAGCGUUAUUCCUGAAUGGGCUGUUGGUUUUCCUUUUCAACAGUUAAUGAAUAGACUCCUAAUUUCUCAGAGAGUCUCGCAUCCUCCUGCCGUGUGGUCUCGUAUGAACCGUGUCGAGGCAGCGACGAGGGGUCGGGGGCUCCGCCAGCAGAGCGGGGCUUCAGGAUGAGGAUGCCCAGAGGAGGACGCCUGUUCCUGGCGACGUGCCUUGGCUCGCUCUUCGUUCUCGUGCUUUACUACCAGAGCAUCAUCAAGCCAGAACCUGGUGUGAAGACAGACACUACACCAGGGAAAAGCAGGAGAAGUCCACUGCAGGCCCUCUACAAUGGAGACCAGCAGCUGGAGCUGUUGGCAGCGCAGAGAUCCCUCCAAGGUCGCAGGGAGCUGUUGGAGCAGGCGUGUCUGAGCCACACGAGGAAGCGCCAAGUGCUUUCAUCCGAUGAUCUCAAACAUCUCAUUGUGGAUGAUAAACACAGCCUUAUUUAUUGCUACGUACCCAAGGUAGCCUGCACUAAUUGGAAGCGUGUCUUAAUGGUCCUUACCAGCAACGGUCGCUACACUGACCCCCUCGCCAUCCCUGCAAAUGAGGCCCAUGUGGCGGGUAACCUCCGCACACUUUCAGAGUUCUCGGUCCCAGAGAUCAACCAUCGCCUCCGCAGCUACCUCAAAUUCAUUUUCGUACGGGAGCCCUUUGAGCGCUUGGUGUCAGCUUACCGUAACAAGUUCACCCGUAGCUAUAACACGGCUUUUCACAAACGCUAUGGGACGAAGAUCAUCCGCCGGCACCGGCCCGACCCGGAGCCCGAAGCGCUGGAGAAAGGAAAUGACGUUACUUUUAACGAGUUUGUGCAGUACCUGGUGGACCCGCGGACGCAGCGGGAGGAACCUUUUAACGAGCACUGGGAGCGGGUGCACUCUCUCUGCCACCCCUGCCUGAUCCACUAUGACGUAGUGGGUAAGUACGAGACUCUGGAGCCAGACGCUCAAGCUGUGCUCAGGUUGGCUGGAGUGGAGGGGACACUUCAGUUUCCUACGUCUGGUAAAAGCACCAGGACUGAUGGUAACAUGGCAGCGCGCUUUUUUAAGCACAUCAGUCCUUUCUACCAGAAGAAACUGUUCAACCUGUAUCGGAUGGAUUUCCUGCUUUUCAACUAUUCAACACCAGAGUACCUCAUGACUCGAUGAGGGGCAGGGAAGAGGAGUAACAUCAGCGCCAUAGGUGUGUGAUGGUUGAGAUGGCCUUUCACAUCCCCUUUGGACUUAAUGUCAGUGAUCAUUUUGCACUUUUGUGGUUGCCGUGGACGAUUUUCAUCUCUUCCUGGAGUGGCACAUCACAAGCACUGACUUGUUGCUAUGACCCUCCAACGAAACCAGCUGCAGAGACUUGUUUAAGUGAAUGGAGCCAAUUUUUUUCCUGAGAAGAAAAGACGGACAGUUUGUGCUGUAAUCAACAAAGCAUCUGUCAUAUUUGUUUGUAUGCUUUCUAGUGUGAAAACAGUGUUUUGUUUUGAUGUUUAGCAGAACAAAGUGCAGAUGGAUUGUUCCCAAAAUGCAGGUGACACAUUAACAUUCUGUCAGGGCUUUAGGUUUAGUAACAAUUCAAUAUUUAUUUAUUUUUGUUCACCUGCCAUUUUUCUAGAAAUUACCUUGUCAAAUUGGGCAGACCUGUCUUUAACGUUUAGUUCUGUUGCCGAGUUGGUGUGAAGGCCCAGACAUACCAAAACUGACGUCAGAGAACUAGUUGCGACGAAAGCCCUCUGCUGUGUCGCCCUCACAUCGUCGUGUCUAGGCAAAAAAGUUGCACAGGAGCUCACCAGAAACCAACAAGCACGUAUGUUCUCUGCUGCGUCGUCUGUAAUAGUCAUUCAAAACGGAAAACAGAAGACCACUAUGAUGCUAGUUAGCCAGUUGGCACAGUAACACCAACCCAAUAUUGAAAGAACAGAACAUAUUUACCAUGCCCCAGUGAACAACAAUACAACCCAUCGAUAUCUUAUUUUGUAUAACAAAUUUUGUUCAACCUCAGUCCGAGCUGUUUGUUUACAUUCCUCUCAUUUGUUUCUCCUCCUCCUCUCGUGCGCUGAGCUGAACAGCCAGUCAGAGUAAUUUUAUUCACUGUUAGGCUCCUUGGCACCACCGUAGAUUCAACAUGCUGAGUCGGUGGGAAAAAGCCAACAAUGGUUGACAAAGGUCAACGGGGGCCACCGUUGCGGCACACACAUUGGUGAUGAGAGCCGCAGGUGCUCACCGUUGGCCCAAAGUGGGCGGACGGCUGACCAUCAGCUUGGUGUGUCAUGGCCUUUAUAUGCUUUAUCAGCACCCCUGCUGUGCAGCAGCAGUUCUCCUAAGGCUUGGUCUUCAGAGAACUAAUGAGCCAUAAAUUAAAGUCACAGUUCAGAGGAGCAGGUUCUCCUCUUGCAUUGGCUGGAAUGCAUGUGAAUGUGCUGACUGUGAAAGUGAGCACAGCAGAUUCAUUCAAACCAUCUACAGUAGAAUAUCGAUGGAUGGCAUUUAUUUAUGUAUGUCACUGCAUUUGUCAGUAUUUAUUGUUGUGGAAAUGUGUGUAUGUUAGUAAGGAUUUGGGCUCAUGAUUUUGUGAAAAUGAAUUUUAUAUGGAAGAAGGGCGGAGUUUCUCGUUUUCAGAGUGAUUCCUUUUAACUUGCUUUCUUGGCUUUUGCACAUAAACACAUGCCAAAUUGAAAUCUUAACGACAAAUCAAAUGUCAUCAUCGCCCACUGCCUGGGCUUGUCUUAUCUAGCUUGUCACAACACUUGUUGACAUUACCUUAAAUGUUUAUCUGGGAGUCAUUUCCGGAGAAACUUGGAGUCACUGCAUAGUUCCAGUAAAAAGUCAGUUGCCAUCCCUCCCCUAUCACUGUCUGUAUUUAGCUCUUAGCAGGUAGGCUGAACAAACAACCACAUACCUGUGGUCAGGGCUGGGUCCAGCCGAGCUCUACUCCUAGUCAGAGCUCCCCUUGUAAGAGUGAAUGCAGGCACAUGAAGGGGUUAUCCACCUACAGGCUUCUCCACUGCAGGGCCUUGUUCAGAAAAUGUGACGGAAUUUAGGUUAAAAAAUAAUACAGAGGUUAAUGUAAGAGUGGGGACAUGUUUAUUAAUGACUUGCACUGUGAAAAUAUCAAUUUUAACAAAUGUCAUACAGUCUUAAAGGGGAACCUGAUUUUACUCAAGGUCUGUUUACAGGUGUUAAGGAGCACUACUGUUUAUGUGGAGAAAAAGAGCUUAAGAAAGCAUUUCGUGGCUUCACAGGGAGCUGCACAAAGUCUGAAAAAUUCCACUUGAGUCAGCACUCGAUGACUACAAGUAAUAAAGCCCUGAGCCCACCAGACCUCAGUAGCUCCU